ACGACAGAAACAUCUAGGAAAAAGUGAAAGGCCCAUUUGUCACCUAAGCUUUGUAUAAAAUUCAUAUCCUUCUAUCAGAAUACAGAACCAGACACAAAAGAUAUCUAAAAAUACAAACUUUUCCAAAUUCCAAAAACUCAAAUUCCCAUUUACAACUUGCAAAUCUGUAAAAGAACCCUCACAGUUUCAUUCAUUUUUUUUUCCACAAUGGAUACAAUCAAGUCUUUCAAAGGCUAUGGAAAAGUGGACGAGGUUGAAGAACAAGCAUUCAGGAAAAAGACCCGUAAACGUCUUAUUAUCCUACUUGUCUCUGCCGUUCUUCUCCUCAUUGCAGUAAUAGGCAUAGUUGUUGGAACUGUUGUUCACAAAAACAACAAAAACAAUGACAAUUCCAAGCAAAUCCCUUCAACAGCCCAAUCCAUCGAAACUAUCUGCAGCAUAACUGAAUACAAAGAUUCGUGCUUAUCAAGCUUAUCAUCCUCAAAUAUCACUGAUCCAGAAGCACUAUUCGUGUUUUCUUUAAAAAUCGCAAUGGAUUCCGUCACAAAUCUAUCUUCGGUACCAAAAAAUUGGUCCAAAUUGACUAAGGAUCCCAAAGUACAAAGCGCAUUGAAAGUAUGCGAGACUGUAUUUGAGGAUGCAAUGGAUAAGCUUAGCGAAUCUGUUUCAUCAGUGAAACUGAAUGAAGCGCAAAAACUUCUUUCAGGACCAAAAAUUGAUGACCUGAAAACUUGGUUGAGCUCAUCACUUACAGAUCAAGAAACAUGCUUGGAUGCACUCGAAGAAAUGAAUGCCACAUUUAUGAAUGAUGUCAAGCUUUUAAUGAAGAAUUCGACUGAAUAUACCAGCAACAGUUUGGCUAUUGUAGCUAACAUUUUGGGAAUUCUAGGUAAAUACAACAUUCCAAUUCACCGGAAAUUGCUGAGCAAUGGGUUCCCGGAAUGGGUGGGGUCGGGUGACAGGAGACUUAUGCAAGAGGUUAACCCGAAACCGGAUGUGACAGUGGCGAGUGAUGGAUCAGGAGAUGUUAUGACUAUUGGAGAGGCAGUGAAAAGAGUGCCUAAAAAGAAUAAAACAAGAUUUGUGAUACAUGUAAAGGAAGGUGUAUAUGUUGAGACUGUAAGAAUGGAUAAGUCUCUUUGGAAUGUUAUGAUGUAUGGAGAUGGUAAAACUAAGACUAUUAUUUCCGGCAGCUUGAAUUUCAUUGAUGGAACUCCGACUUUUGAGACGGCCACAUUUGCUGUUGCUGGUAGGGGCUUCAUUGCCAGAGACAUAGCAUUCAAGAACACAGCUGGAGCAAGAAAGCACCAGGCCGUAGCCAUGCGAUCAGGGUCCGAUCAAUCUGUAUUUUAUCGAUGCUCCUUCGAUGGCUUCCAGGACACCCUAUAUGCUCACUCCAAUCGUCAGUUUUACCGCGAAUGUGACAUUACAGGCACAAUUGAUUUCAUCUUUGGUAACGCCGCGGUUGUUUUCCAAAGUUGUAAAAUCCAGCCUAGACAGCCACUACGUAAUCAGUUUGUCACAAUUACGGCCCAAGGAAAAAAAGACCCAAAUCAGAAUUCAGGCAUGUCUAUUCAAAAAUGUGAUCUGUCACCAUUGGAUGAUCUCACAGCUCCAACAUACUUGGGCAGGCCCUGGAAGGAAUACUCCACUACAGUCAUUAUGCAGUCCAAUAUUGCUGCUUUUUUGCAUCCUGUUGGUUGGAUUGAAUGGGUAAAAGGUGUAGAGCCAGCCAGUACAAUUUUCUAUGCCGAGUAUGCGAACACUGGGCCAGGUGCAUCUGUGGUCCAAAGGGUUAAAUGGGCCGGGUAUAAGCCAAAGAUUACACCAGCUCAGGCGGCCCAGUAUACCGUACAGGCUCUCAUUCAAGGCGAUACUUGGUUACCAGCAACGGCUGUGGUGUUUGAUUCCACCUUAUAGAGAUAAAUAUGGACUAAAGUAAAACAGGUUUGCUUCUCUAGGAAGUAAAUUAUCAGUUUCUUUUUCAUUUAAGAGAAAAAGAUCAGUUAUUUCGCAAUGUAAUACUAUGUGUAUUCUUUUUCUGGUAAUAACAUUCUUUUAACCCGUA